AUGGCAGAGUUAAAGGAAUUGUUUUCAAAAGUAAAGGAUAAUGUAAAAUCUGCUAAAGCCGAUGAAGGACAACAGUUGAAUGAAGCGUCAUCAACAAGUGUUCCUCAAACUGUACUGUCACAAACAUGUUCUCAUUCAUCUGAAAAACAAAAUUCUAAUAGCGGAACGGCAACACGAGCUGCUGCUGAAGCAGCACAACAACGACUACAACAACAAUUAUCUAGGCAAAAAUCAGGAAUUUCAAAUAGUCGAACUGCAGAUAGUGUUCGUCAUCAAGCUCAACGUGAACUCGAGCAAGAGAAAGCGCUUAAAGAUGAAUAUCAAAAAGCACUUGAUUUAAAAGAUCAUUAUUUUGGCAAUAGACAAAUUAGUAUUGAAAGUGCACCUGUUGUUGACUAUUCAAAACUAUUUUUUAAAUGUCCUGAUAUAUUUGGUGAUAACGUUUGUUUAACAUAUGAUGAGCUACAACAACGAAUUGAAAGUACAUUAAAAUCUCAAUUAGAUUCUGAACCAAUAAUUACUACAAUACUUCUCUUUUUAACAUGUAAUCAAAAAGAUUCAGAUAAAUUAAAUAUUGGCAAAGAAAUUAUUUGUAAAUAUUUUGAUAAUAUUAUUUCUAGUCCAAAUGAGGAUAAAUAUCGUCGAAUUCGUUUACAAAAUAAAAUUUAUCUCGAGAAAGUUUUUCAAUUAAAAUAUGCUACAGAAUUACUUCAAGCUAGUGGAUUUAUAACAUCGGAUGAUAAUGAAUCAAUAAUUUAUCAAGAAUAUUCUAUUGAACGAUUACAAUUAGCACGUGAUACACUAAUGAAUAGUAAACCAAUAAAAGUUCAACUUGAUAAAAAUUUAAAAAUAUUUCAACCAACUACAGAACAAUUAUGCAUACCUCCUGUACAACUUUUACCACAAGAUCCAUUAUUUUAUCAAAUAACUAUUAAUGAAUUGUUACGUGAAAAGCAAAGACAAAAAGAUCUACUUGAAAAAGAACAAAUGUUAAGAACAAAAGCUAUGCGUGAACGUGAUGAAAAAUCUUAUUUAAAUGUUCAAUAUAAAUAUACGAUUUUACGUAUUCGAAUGCCUGAUGAAAUCAUUCUUCAAGUUAUUUUUCAAUCUAAUGAUCUUCUUUCAUCUCUGUUUGAAUACUUACGUACACAUUGUCUUGUAUAUAAUACGCUUCCAUUUAUAUUAACAUCAAUGGCUGAUCGUCGAAUCUAUUCGAGUGAAGAUGAACAACCAAUAACAUUGAGUCAAUGUGAUCUUGUACCAACUGCAUUUCUUUCAUUUCGAUGGAAUGAUCAAGCAUUACGUGAAUUAAAAGAACAAACAGAUCAUUUUUCGGCUAACAUUUAUAUCAAACCUGAAAUACUAAUCAAUGCUGCUCCAUUAUGA